CCCAUUCCCCCACAAGGGUCAGCAGGCAGUGUAACCCCACGGUCAGCCCUGGACCAAUACCGUCAAUACCGGCCGGCAUCAAACCGUUAUCCCAGUGCCACCACGGUCCAACCCGGCCAAACCCAGCAGAUUUCCAUAGUGUUGAGCUGCUGUUGUUGCUGCUGCUGCUGCACCUACCUUACCUUACUGCUACGCUCCCCUCCGCUUGCUUGCUUGCUCAGGUUCCUUUCCGCGGCUUCCACUCGCGCCUCUACCUCACCACAUCUUGCUUUAACUACCCGUACCUCAGGUAUUGGACUACUUGCCGACACCUCCAAUCACAGGCCAGGCCACUGUCCUUUUCAUCCAUUGCCUUUCAACGCUACCGCAUCCCGGCCGCCUCGAUACCUCCAACUCCCGAAAGCCCGACUGACCCUUUUUGCGUCUUUCCUCCCCUCUCAAGGUCUCGAGGUCUAAUCGACAGGUUUGCGCUGACGGCCACAUAUCACUUUAGCGUCUGUUAGCUGUCGACCGAGGAACCUUUUUCACCAGCGCCACCACCUCGCGCUUUCAUUUUCCUAGGCCUCGUUCGCCUAUGGCAAGCUGAUUGUUGCCGAUCCUUGGAUUUGGGGGGAAAACCAUCUGGACAGCCCACCGGCUUGCAUUCCCCGACUACGAACACAACCACCACGACCACGACAGACUCGUCGAGUACCUCACCUCAACCUCACGCAAUCCCACCAAGCAUCACAGACUCAGCGGCAUCCCUUUGAGACGAUUGUCAACCCUUCACUCGCUUCUUCCUACUGCGGUGUAUUCGAAAUACUCGCUCGACGCCCAUUUCUCCCAACGCGACUGCUAAUACAUCGCCUCCUUCGUCGCGCGGAACGUCUGGAACAUUCCUGACCACCGAAACCACCCCUUACUAUCGACCCUCGACGUCUCCUAAAUCUUUCCACUCCCGCAUCGCAACCCGCCGUCAACCCUCCAUGCCUCAUGGAUUGCAUAUCCUAUCAAAGAUGAACUCCCUGAAUAUCAUCACCUCUCGCGUCUCUCCGCCGCCCAGUCCAGUUGCCUCGCGAUCCAACUCCAUUGGCUCCUUGGGAUUGGCCGUCCAACCUGACAGCGAACAGCAAAGUGGCGAAGGCGCAGACAAACAGGGCGACGACGACCAAGACGAGGAUGUCUUCCCCCUCGAAAAGACGGCUUUCGAACAGCGCAACGACGCACAUGGUGCAUUAGACCUCGCGAGCGAAGCUACGCCGCUAAUAGGGGGAGAAUCGAAAGAAGCAGGGUUGAGGUCAACUUCAUGGCACUCAUUGCCUCGGCGCAUCGCUGCCGGCUUCAUCAAUUCCCUCCGCUGGGUAUUGUCCACGCUUGCCGCCCCGGGCGUGUAUCUGAUUGCCUGCCUUUAUGACGACGCAGGAGAUUUCUCGCUCUUUUACCCAUUCAAAAGAUUAUUCGGCUUGCACAAUAGAAACAACAAAAAGCUCGCGACAGACUUUGCUGGCUCAGUGGACGAAAAGUCGGGCCGACAGGGUAGCGCCGGAUAUGGAGGGGUUGCGUACUCAAGACCAGUGGGAUCAUCAGGUUCAUCUUCUUCAGGCAUAUCUUCAGAAUCAGACUCGGAUGCCGAUCGCCGACGCCGGGGCUCCACCGGUCGACACUCGCGUUCAAAGUCCGCAGCGGAAGAGAUUGCGCCAGCACGGAGAUCUAUUCGUAUCAAGCUACACAGUGAGGAUGCUCUUCCGCAACGGAAGCACCGAAAGACGCAGUCUGCAGCAGCACGGCCCAAGGGCAGUGGUGAAUCUGGCUCUUCCGACAUUUCCGCGCAACUCAAGUCUCCGACGUCUCCCGCAGGCGCGCUGACGAGAUAUCCAAAGACACCGGCUCCUCCUCGACCCUUGAUUCCUCGACGACAACCAUCAUACCUCAACCUCGAGCCUUCGACCGACCCCAAGUACCAAAAGACUCUCAUUCUGGACCUCGACGAAACUCUGAUUCACAGCAUGUCCAAGGGGGGACGCAUGAGUACGGGACACAUGGUUGAGGUCAGAUUGAACCAGACGUAUGUCGGUGCUGGAGGCCAAACAUCGAUCGGACCGCAGCAUCCCAUUCUGUACUGGGUUAACAAGCGUCCACACUGUGAUGACUUUCUCCGUCGGGUUUGCAAGUGGUAUAAUCUCGUCGUUUUCACGGCCUCGGUCCAGGAAUAUGCGGACCCCGUAAUAGACUGGUUAGAGGCUGAGAGGAAAUUCUUCUCGGCGCGAUACUACCGACAGCACUGCACGUUCCGACAGGGAGCCUUCAUCAAGGACCUUAGUUCUGUUGAGCCGGACUUGAGCAAGGUCAUGAUCUUGGAUAAUAGUCCACUGAGUUACAUGUUCCAUCAAGACAACGCUAUCCCUAUCCAAGGCUGGAUUAACGACCCGACAGACAAUGAUCUCUUGCAUCUAGUGCCGCUGCUUGAGGGUCUCCAGUAUGUGUCGGACGUGAGGGCGCUGCUUGCAUUGCGUGGAGGCGAAGAUGGUCAGCAUAUGGCGUAGAAUUGGAUUGGGACUGUAGAAGGGAAUCUGGUGUACUGGCAUGGAAUUGGGCAAAGCGAACACCAGCGGCUUCAACUUCGUGGUGCAGCGGUGUAUUAAUAACAUUUGGUAAAGGGAUGGUAAGAGGAGUUAUUGGGCGGCACGACUGCAAAAUGUCGGUACGAUUCUGUAAAGCUUCAGGAAUACAUGCCAGGCCACCAGCCUUUUCGACGUUCAGCGAGAACAUGUUAUUGAAUGGAAAUGUCAGGUUGGCAGUGACAGUGACAGUGUAAAGGUAGACGAUGGGAACUUGUGGACGUUGAAGCCAUGGGCAAGCUAGACGAUAUUUCCGAAAUUCCGUCCCUUUC